UCAAGUCUAGUUUGAUGAACAGCUGAUCCAUGCACCGUAAAUAUGUUCAUUGCAGUGAGUGUUGCUGGUUUAUCCAUAAUAUUAUGGAUUUACAUAAGAAAUAUCUUGAAACCAAGCUCGAAAUACGGAUUGAACGCUAACAACUUCGACAAGUACAUCGACGACUUGAAAUUAAGUCAAGAAGAAGAUGACAUUCAUGAUUGUGACACUAACAAUGGAAGACGGCAUCCACACUACGCUGAACGUGCAGGAAAACAGAUUCUUGUUUUCUAUGGUACAGAAUAUGGUUUCAGUGAAGAAGUAGCUAAUAUUCUCUUUAAAAGGCUUAUAAAUAUUGCUGCAUCUGCUGAUGACGCUGGUCUCUGUCAACUGCAGCCUAGGCUUUUAAAUGCCAAAGAUUGGAAGCAUCUCAGACUAGAAGAUGAACAACUCAUCAUGGUCAUCAUCUCAACCAGUGGAGACGGUGUUCCUCCCAGUUCUGCGAUGGAUUGGUACAAUUCCUUCAUGUCUACCAAGUUUGAUCUUACUCAUCUCCAGUACUGUGUCUUAGCCCUUGGGGACACCAAUUACCCUCACUUCUGCAGAGCUGGAAGAACAGUCUAUGAUAGGUUUUAUGAACUCGGAGCCUGCCCUUUCAUUCCAAUAGCCAAUGUUGACAUGGAGGACUGGACUGUUAUUAAUGAUUGGAUGGACGAUAGUCAGGAUUACCUUCUUAAGAAUAGCAUCAAUCUGGUUAUCAAAGAGGAUUAUUUGUCUCCCCUUCUUAUGGAUGAAGAUGGUUUUCAUCGCCUCAAACCAUUCAUGGCAACUCUUCUUAUUAAGGAGGCACUUACAUAUUUUGAUGCCACCUCAGACAAGGAAACAAUUCACUGUGAAUUUUCAAUAGAGGGCAGUGAACUGGUAUAUGAGGCUGGUGAUGCUGUGGGUAUCUAUCCUACCAAUAGGAUUGAAGACGUGCAAUGGGUUUUACAGGCCAGUGGGUUGAAUGGAGAAGAUACAUGUUCUGUUCCGUCAUCAGCUUAUCAACCUAAAGAGAGAAAUGUAACCUUACGAGAGAGUCUACAAAAAUAUUAUGAUCUUAAAAAUGUUAGAGUGUCAUUGCUACAAUGUCUGCUAAGACAUGCUGAUGGUACUGUGAAAGAAAACUUGGAGAUCCUCAUGAAGAAUGGGACCUCAAGGUCAAACCAAGCCCUCUCAGGUUACCUGGAAGUAGCUGAGGUUGGUGAUGUUCUUGAAGAUUACCCUGUGAAGCUCUGUCAAGAAGAGCUCCUGGCAAAUCUAAGGCCCCUUCAGCCUCGCUAUUACUCUAUCUCAUCCUCCCCUAUCCUGGAUUCAAACAGGAUUUGUGUAACAGCAGCUAUCAUCCGCUACUCCAACAGAGGGCGUCCUAGAGUUGGCGUGGCAACAACCUUCCUCCAGGAUAGGCUUGACCUCCAUGACCUUUGUCCUGUCUUCAUCAGUCCAAAUCCAGACUUCCGAUUACCCAAAGAUGGGACGAAGGACAUUAUCAUGAUAGGACCAGGAACGGGUAUAGCUCCAUUCAGGGCCUUCAUUCAAGAGAGAGUACAUUUAGGUGCAAGCGGAAUGAAUCUCCUUUAUUUUGGUUGCAGACACAAGGCUAAAGAUUUUCUCUACAAAAGGGAGCUAGAGCAAAUGGUGGUUGAUGGUCACCUUAAACUUCGUACCGCUUUCUCCCGGGAUCAAGAGGAAAAGGUUUAUAUUCAGCAUCUCAUCCAACAAGAUUCCCUGAUGAUAUGGAACAUGAUACAGGGAGGAGCACAUAUGUACGUUUGUGGUGACGCCAAGCAUAUGGCAUCUGAUGUUCAUGAGACCUUGCUAACUAUCAUCAAGGACAAGGGAUCCAUGUCAGAAGAUGGUGCAUUAGAAUAUCUUAGAACCAUGGAAGAGAAUCAUAGAUAUCAAAAAGAUGUCUGGGUAACCUAAACACAUACAAAAUACUCAGUAAAAUUGAUGUACCCAAUUCAGCUAGAGAUCAUAUAUACCAUUAUAAAAAAAACCUUGAAAGCAACAACAGCAACAAAAAACACCACCAAAAGUGAAUGAAAUGGCAGAUUUCAUAUUCCUCUGUUCAUCAUGAUUUGCUAUUAUACCAUUUAAAAUGUGAGCAUUUCAUUGAUUUGGGGAAUUCCUACUGGAUUCAAUCCAGUUGUUAUUAACCUCUCAUCAAAGCUGCUCUCUCAAGAUUUAGAUCAGUUUUGACUUGAAACAUUUACUUGUACAGAGAUGUACUAUUUUCAUGUUUGGGGCCUGUAUGUCAACCCAAGAUCAUAUGAUCACUGCACAGUUCAUUUUUGCACCAUUCCUACAGUAUUCUUGCGACUAUAGUACAAUGCUAAUCAUGAUAGACCAAAUGGACCUAAGUCUCAACAACCAAGUAAAGUAACCUAGUAAACUCAAAUAAGUGAGUGGGUGAGUGAGUAGUGUCUGAGUUUUUUUUUUUUGGAAGAUAAAUAUUGACCAAGAUGUAAAAAAAAAUCUGUCUAUUUAAUGUCUGUAAAAACACAACACUCCCAUGUUCUUGUAGGUCAUGUGACCAAGGUAAUAACUGAUGUGUGACUUUGCCUUAAAAUCUAUUUACUAAUGUUCAUAACAUUAAGAUCAAGAAGUUGACAUUUCUUUAUUGUCAUCAAAUAUUUUUCAGUGCAAUAAUUAUGUAAAAUUGUCAUUCCAUUGAUGUAUUCCUGAAUGUUAUCUACAGAUUUAUUUUAGUUUGUUUGAAUGAGUCAUUCAUUUGUAUUUUAAUGGUUAUUUA